AGCCGACACGCAGCACCAGCUAAAACCGUACGGCGUAGAGCGUUCUGUGGCCACGAUUAAUCCAGAUUCUUCUGAUUCCAAUUUACCGGGAGCCUACAAAAAAGAAAGAUGAGAUAAAUCUGCGGGAAGAUGUGUGAAGCCCAGACGAGGGCAGAGGGGAGUAAACCAGCUGAAACAAGGUAACCGUUCACGUGUGUGUCUGCGGCCGUCAUGGACGAGCACGCCCUGCUGGGGCUAAACCCCAACGCCGACGCCACCUACAGGCAGCGGGCGCUUGCAUAUUUUGAGCAGCUCAAGGACUCCCAGGAUGCCUGGCAGGUGUGCGCGGAGGCCCUGGUCAAAGGGCUUUACAAUGAUGACCAUGUGAAAUUCUUCUGCUUCCAAGUUCUGGAACAUCAAAUCAAGUUCAGACAUGGGGAGCUCAGUGCAGUCCAGCAGCAGCUGAUCAGAGAAACUCUGAUGAAAUGGCUUCAGUUACAGCUGAAUGCCCAGCCCGAGAAAGCCUUCAUCCGAAACAAGGCGGCGCAGGUAUUUGCCCUGGCCUUCGUGACGGAGUACCUCACUCAGUGGCCCAAGUUCUUUUUCGACAUCCUUGCCCUGAUCGGGCUGAACCCGCGGGGUGUAGACCUCUACCUGCGCACCCUCAUGGCCAUCGAUGCCGAGGUGGUGGACCGCGACAUCCUCCACUCGUCCGAGGAGACCCGCAGGAACACCCUGAUCAAGGACACCAUGCGUGAGCAGUGUAUCCCCAGCCUGGUGGAGUCCUGGUACCAGAUCCUGCACACCUUCCAGCACUCUCACUUUGAGCUGACCUGCCAGUGCCUGGAGGUGGUGGGGGCCUAUGUCUCCUGGAUCGACCUCAACCUCAUCGCCAAUGACAGGUUUGUGAACCUGCUGCUGAGUCACAUGUCUGUGGAGGUCCUGAGAGAGGAGGCCUGCGACUGCCUGUUUGAAAUCAUCAACAAGGGCAUGGACCCUGUCGACAAGACCAAGCUGGUGGAGUCCCUGUGCCAAGUGCUGCAGACCGCUGGCUUCUUCAACGUGGAGCAGGAGGAGGAUGUGGACUUCCUGGCCAAGUUCUCCAAGCUGGUGAACGGGAUGGGCCAGUCCCUGGUGGUGAGCUGGACCAAGCUGACAAAGGCGGGAGACCUGAAGAGCAGUCAGGAGACCCUGCAGGCUGUGGAGGCCAAGGUUCCCCUCAUGCUGCGGCUGCUGGUCCACGAGGACGACGACAUCUCCGCCAACAUCGUGGGCUUCUGCUACGACUACCUGCACGUCCUCAAGCAGCUUCCACUACUCACAGACCAACAGAAAGCCAACAUUGAGGCAAUCAUGGUAGCUGUCAUGAAAAAACUGACAUACGAUGAUGAGUACAACUUUGAAAACGAGGGGGAGGAUGAAGCUAUGUUUGUGGAGUACAGGAAGCAGCUGAAGCUGCUCUUGGACCGUCUGGCCCAGGUGUCUCCAGAGCUGCUGCUGGAUUCAGUUCGCAGGGUCUUCAACACCACCAUGCAAAGCUGGCAGACAGUUCCCUUCAUGGAGGUGGAGGUGGCGAUUCGGCUGCUGUACAUGCUGGGGGAGGCGCUGCCGGCCCACCAGGGGGCGCACUUCUCUGGGGACGUGGCCAAAGCCAGCACCCUGCAGGACAUGAUGCGGACGCUGGUCACCUGUGGAGUCAGCGAGUACCAGCACACCUCGGUGACGCUGGAGUUCUUCGAGACGGUGGUCCGUUAUGACAAGUUCUUCAUCGUGGAGCCCCAGCAUAUUCCUAAUGUCCUGAUGGCAUUCCUGGAUCAGCGGGGCCUCAGGAAUGGCAGCCCCAAAGUGCGGAGCCGGGUGGCCUAUCUCUUGUCCCGAUUCGUCAAGACCCUGCAUAAGCACAUGAAUGCUUAUAUUGAGGACAUUCUGAACAGGAUCCAGGACCUGCUGGAGCUCUCGCCCCCGGAGAAUGGCUACCCGACGCUGCUGACCAGCGAUGACCAGUUGUUUGUGUUCGAGACGGCGGGGGUGCUGAUCGUGGGCAGUGAGUGUGCGGCAGAGAGAAAGCAGGCUCUGAUGAGGAACCUGCUGACGCCACUGAUGGAGCGCUUCAAGUUGCUGCUGGGGAAACUGCUGCAGGAGCAGGAUGAGGAGAGGCAGGCCGCGCUGGCCGACUGCCUCAACCACGCCGUGGGCUUCGCCAGCCGCACCAGUAAGGCCUUCAGCAACAAGCAGACGGUGAAGCAGUGCGGCUGCUCGGAGGUGUACCGCGACUGCCUGGAGACCUUCGUGCCUGCGCUGAGCUGCCCUGUCCAGAGGGAGGCGCUGCGGAGCGGCGUGCGCACCUUCCUGCACCGCAUGAUCAUCUGCCUGGAGGAGGAGGUGCUGCCCUUCAUCCCCGCCGCCUCCGAACACAUGCUGAAGGACUGCGAGGCCAAAGACCUGCAGGAGUUCAUCCCCCUCAUCAACCAGAUCACUACCAAGUUCAAGGGCCAGGUAUCCCCGUUCCUGCAGCAGGUGUUCAUGCCGCUGGUGCAGGCCUUCUUCCAGGUGCUGGCCCAGCCGGCCGAGGAGAACGACCAGACGGCCGCCCUGGAGAAGCAGAUGCUGCGCAGGAGCUACUUUGCCUUCAUCCAGACCAUCACCAGCAACGCCAGCGUGAACGAGGUCAUCGCCAACCAAGGGGCGGAGAACAUCGAGCGGGUGCUGUUUACCAUCAUCCAGGGAGCGGUGGAUUUCCCCGACCCUGUAGCCCAGAGGACCUGCUUCAUCAUCCUCUCCAAGCUGGUGGAGCACUGGGGAGGUAAAGACGGUUUGGUCGGGUUCCCUGACUUCAUCUACAAACACAUCGUCCCAGCGUGCUUCCUGGCCCCGCUGAAGCCGACCUUUGAUCUGUCAGAUGCCCAGACCAUCCUGACUUUGUCAGAGUGUGCCCUCACAUUGAAAAUGAUCCAUAUCAAAAGGGGACCAGAGUUCAUUCAGUAUCUACAACAAGAGUACUUACCUUCUCUGCAGGUCACCCCUGACAUCACACAGGAACUGUGUCAAGUGCUUCAGCAACCGGAUUCCAAGGUUCUCAAAAAUUACAUAAAGGCAUUCUUUCAGCGCGCCAAACUGUAAAACGGGAAGCGGAGGAAGGAGAAUGAGAGGAAAACAGGAACGAGAAGAAAGUGGUUGUCGGUGCCAUUUAAAAAAAAAAAAAAAACAAAACCCAACAAGGUUUAGCAUAGGAGUUGCUUUUGCACUUAAAAUUUUGCGUAAAAAGCCGUCCUGUGUGGGGAAAGAGCAGGGAAGGGGUACAGACCGAGGACACAUGGUAAUGGGAGGAGCCACUGGUCCCCUGUGGCCAUGCCCCCUCGAGGCCCAGCCCAAUCAGACGAGUGCACGGCUGAGGAUUGGCAGGUCGUUGCCAUGCAGGAGCAGUA